GCCCCGCCCCCUUCUCAUGUUAGUUGUAGUUCAGUUCGCGUCGUUAUAUUAAUUAUUACCUGACUUUUGAUUAUGUAACUCAUACAGCGUGUCUCUGGACUGGUUUCAGACACCAGUACAGUAUGUUAGUCUCCAGACCGGACAAAGAAGAGAAAGCUGCGAGGAUUGAAGGAGUUCAGGACUGAAGAAACCGAAACAAAAAUGACGUUAAACGUCAGACUCAUGAAGUUUGUUUCCGCCGUGUUUUACGCCUUUUGCUCGUUUUUUAUCAUCGUGGUCAAUAAAAGUAUUUUAACUGAGUACAAGUUUCCCUCGUUCAUGUUCCUCGGAAUUGGGCAGGUGAGAGUUUUAAACGCAUAUGACACCAUCAUCAUUCUAUAUGUUGCCAAAAUGAGCAAAACCAUCCAUUUUCAGGACUUUGACAAAAGUAUUCCUGGAAAGAUAUUUCCUUUACCGUUGCUGUAUAUGGGGAACCACGUGACCGGACUGGGCGGAACUAAGAAACUCAGCUUACCCAUGUUCACUGUGCUCAGAAAAUUCACCAUUUUAAUCACAAUGAUCAUGGAAUUCAGGAUACUGAGGAAAAGCUUCGCUCCGCCGCUGGUGUGCAGUGUUUUGGCUAUAGUUGUGGGCGCUCUGGUGGCAGCCAGCUCGGACCUGUCCUUCAAUGCAGAAGGAUACACGUUUGUUCUGCUAAACGACGUCUUCACAGCCGCCAGUGGAGUUUACACCAAGAAGAAACUGGGGAUGGAGGGUCUUGGUAAAUACGGGGUUUUGUUUUAUAACGCUUUUAUCAUUAUUAUCCCAACGGUCCUGGCGAGCGCUUACACUGGAGAUCUACAGAAGGCUCUAACCUUUGAAGGAUGGAUGUCUGUUACGUUCAUAUUUCAUUUUUUAUUGUCUUGUGUCAUGGGGUUUAUUUUGAUGUAUUCCAUCAUCCUCUGCAGCUUCUAUAACACGGCACUAACUACAACAGUCGUUGGGGCAAUUAAAAAUGUUGCAGUGAUGUAUAUUGGCAUGUUCAUCGGCGGAGACUAUAUCUUCUCAUGGACAAACUUCAUAGGCCUGAAUAUAUGCAUCUCGGCGGCUCUGAUUUACUCCUACAUCACGUUUCACAGCAGCGUCUCUUCAGAAUCCAGCGUCAAACCGGCGGAAGACACCCUGAGCGCUCACAUCACAGAGAAGACGUGACGCUCAGCCAGUUUAAAAUAAAUAAACACAAAUGCAUCAACCA